AUGGCGGCUCAGGUUAGCGAGAAGUUGCAGGACCUCAACUUGAACGGCCAGAAUGGUGACGCCAAAGCGGAUACCUCUACCGUCGGUCAGACAGAAGCUGGUGAAGCGGAAGAUGACUCGGACGAUGAGAAGGAAGAUGGAAAUGCUGCUCCGGAGGCCGGUGCAGGCGGAGGUGCGUACAUGUUUGACAUGACCAUCAGUCAGACCUGGGGAAUUCUCACUAACAACCCCGGGAUUACAGCUGCGAAAAAGAAGAAGCGCAAGUCCAAGAAGAAGAAGAAGGGAGGCGCCAAGGUUCAGAGUUCUCCUCCGCGUGUCCCAGUAUCGAAUCUUUUCCCCAACAACCAAUAUCCCGAGGGCGAAAUCGUCGAAUACAAGAACGAGAAUUCUUACCGCACGACCAACGAGGAGAAGCGUUAUCUUGAUCGCAUGAACAACGACUUCCUGCAGGAGUACCGCCAAGCUGCCGAGGUCCACCGUCAGGUCCGCCAGUAUGCGCAGAAGACCAUCAAGCCCGGCCAGACCUUGACGGAAAUUGCCGAGGGUAUUGAGGAUGCAGUACGUGCUCUGACUGGUCACCAGGGACUAGAGGAAGGUGAUAACCUCAAGGGUGGUAUGGGCUUCCCGUGCGGUGUGAGCAUUAAUCAUUGUGCGGCUCAUUACACCCCCAAUGCCGGCAACAAGAUGGUGUUGCAACAAGGAGAUGUGAUGAAGGUCGACUUUGGUGCUCAUAUCAACGGUCGCAUUGUUGACAGUGCCUUUACUAUGACUUUUGAUCCGGUCUAUGACCCUCUGCUGGAAGCCGUCAAGGAUGCUACCAACACCGGUAUUCGGGAAGCCGGUAUCGAUGUGCGAAUGAGCGACAUCGGUGCAGCCAUCCAGGAGGCCAUGGAGAGUUACGAAGUCGAGCUCAACGGCACGAUGUACCCUGUGAAGUGCAUCCGGAACCUGAACGGUCACAAUAUCGAUCAGCACAUUAUCCAUGGCGGCAAGAGUGUGCCGAUUGUGAAGGGCAGUGACCAAACCAAGAUGGAGGAGGGUGAAACCUUCGCCAUCGAGACCUUCGGUAGUACUGGAAAGGGCUACGUGAGAGAAGACAUGGAAACCUCCCACUAUGCCCUGAUCCCUGAUGCCCCUUCAGUUCCUCUGAGACUCUCGUCCGCGAAGAACUUGCUCAAUGUUAUCAACAAGAAUUUCGGCACGCUGCCCUUCUGCCGUCGGUAUCUUGACCGACUAGGCCAAGAGAAAUAUCUCCUUGGAUUAAAUAACCUUGUUUCGUCGGGUAUCGUUCAGGAUUAUCCUCCUCUCUGCGAUAUCAAGGGCUCAUACACCGCCCAGUUCGAACAUACCAUCCUCCUCAGACCAACCGUAAAGGAAGUCAUAAGUAGAGGAGACGAUUACUAA